CACAAACUCCAUGAAUUGAUUAUAAAAGAGCGAAAGUUGAAAUAAUGCCCUUUCUUUGUGUGAUAAUUUUGUUCACAAAACUGACUUUGAGGAUUCCCUUUCAACUAUUUAAAUUUGUCCACGAGAAUGGUAUGGUGCUUGCUAAAGAGUUUAAAAUAACCCUGUCAAUUUUCUCUUUUUUUAAUAUUUAUCUAAAAAGAGGCCUAAAGAUAUUAUUUUAGAAGUGGAAAAUUUGUAAUUUAACUUGCAAUAAUGUUGAAAUGAAAACUACUUAUUCUUAACAAAUUACGAAAUAUAAGACUACCACCACCACGAGAGCCAAUAUAUUAGAAAUUUCUGCCCAAUGAAUUGCUUAUGAUUUGAACCAUCCUUUGUCAUAAUUCAUGAUACAUACAUGUAUACCGUUUAUAUAUGUAUAUAAACAUUUUGGAGAUCUUGUAUGCUAAGUUACAAGUGCAAAGAGACAAGAUAAGACAAUGUUCACAUGUGUAUAUGGGUUUGUUAAAACUCCGUUUCUGGCAAGGUAACUAAACCAACACAAUUAGCAAAAAUUUCAAGACACAAAAACAGAGGUGCAUAAGACAUGGGAAUCGUCAGAGCAACUUAGUACUAUAAAAAGCCAGUACUUUGAAACAUAGCUAAUCAGUUCUAAGAAAACACAACUCAUUACUUACCCUUUUCGUCAAUACUCAUUAUGGCAUUGUCUUCAUUGUUAUUCUCUUUGCUAGCUCUUGUUGUAGCACUAAUGGCACUGGCCAUUACUUCAGAAGCAGGAAAAAUAGCCAUCUACUGGGGUCAGAAUGCAAACGAAGGCACCUUAUCAGAUACUUGCGCCACAGGCAACUAUGACUACGUGAAUAUAGCUUUUUUACCAACAUUUGGAAAUGGCCGAACUCCAAUGAUGGACUUAUCAGGUCACUGUGAUCCCUAUAGCCAAGGCUGCACUGGCUUAAGCUCAGACAUAGAAGCUUGUCAAGCCAAAGGCAUCAAAGUAAUGCUCUCCAUCGGCGGAGGGGCUGGAAGCUACUCACUUUCCUCUAAUUCUGAUGCCAAACAAGUCGCUACUUAUCUUUGGAACAACUUCUUAGGAGGUCAAUCAUCUUCUCGUCCACUUGGACCAGCCGUUUUGGAUGGCAUUGACUUUGACAUUGAAGGAGGGUCAAACGAGUAUUGGGGUGACCUUGCCAGAACCCUCAAGAAGCACAGCUCUAGAGGCAAGAGUAAUAAGAAGGUUUACAUAACUGGAGCUCCACAGUGUCCUUUCCCAGACGCUUGGCUUGGAAAUGCUCUCAAAACAGGGCUUUUUGACUUUGUUUGGGUUCAAUUUUAUAACAACCCGCCUUGUCAAUACACUUCUGGAGAUAUUUCAAACCUUGAAAAUGCAUGGAAACAAUGGACUUCUGAUAUCCCAGCUGGAAAAAUCUUCCUAGGCCUCCCUGCAUCUUCUCAAGCCGCCGGUAGCGGUUUCAUUCCGGCUAAUGAUCUUAUCUCCAAGGUCCUUCCUGCCAUUAAGGAAUCUUCCAAAUAUGGAGGAGUUAUGCUUUGGUCCAAGUACUAUGAUGACCAAACUGGAUACAGUUCUUCUAUCAAGAGCCAUGUCUAGAAAUUAUACUAUUCUAUGAUUUGUUAUCAUUAGAAAUCAUUACUACUUCUGCUGUCUAUCUUCUAUUUUACGUUGUAUGCUACAUAUUUAUAUCUAAGUAAU